AGUUUCUUGCUUUACCGUUUCGGGUUUUCAAAAACCACCUUCCGUUUCUCUUCUGCGUUAUUAUUAUUAUUAUUAUUAUUGUUUGGUUGUGCUUUGUUUUGACCUCAACUUUUCUCUUAUAGCCUUUCUCUAUCGCUUACGUCGUCGGUGGGGUGUUUCGUGCUCUUCCCCGUGGCCGCGUGUGACACCUUCACGAACCGUUGCGACUUCCUUCACGCAAGUACAAACACGCAGACGCCGCAUAGCGAACACACCAGGUACAACAACAUCUGCAAAAUGUCUGCUGACGAGCUCAACUACGCUGCUCAGUUAAUUGAGCUUGCGCGGGCGGAGGAAACAGAAGACGGCAACCCAAUGACUGCCGUCAAGCACUACACGACAGCGAUGGAGAUCAUCGCCACCAAGGCGGCGCAGCACGCGGCUGCCAUCAGCAACAGCGACGCCCGCCGCUUCUUUUUCUUUCAGGUGCGCUCUCGGCUGGAGAUGUACUACGAGCGGGCGGAGCUGCUGCUGCAGGUCGCGAACGGGUCAGGCCUGCUGGACAAGCCAAGCGUGGGCGGCGGGGUGGGUGAGCAGCCGGCGACGGCGCUGCCAAGUCCAAACUUUCCCCCGGCGCUCUUCGCCUCGGCGGUGGCGAACCCCAAGGCGCAGUGUGACGAGGGCUUGUACAAGAAGCCGCCGGCCACGAGUGUGAUGGGCAUCCCGUUGCAGCCGAAUCAAACUACGCCGUCUGCGCAGGACGGUGCUGCGGCGACGGAGCCGCCGAUUUGCUGUUAUUUGAAGGCCGACGACGACACGGCAGCUCCAACGCCGCCGGUCACGCCGGCCGUUGACUUGGAUGAGCUGAUGAAGAACCUUGGCGCGCCGCCUGGAUCGUAG